GUACUAUAUUAUCAUAAAUCAAUUGCACUGAAUCGAGCAUUAGAAACCAAUUCUUUUUACAGCAGUUUUAGUUCCCACAGACUACAGAGGGAGGGCCCCACCCUACCCCUCACCCACCGCGUCCGGUUAUCCUUAUCCUUCAAUCCUUCUUCUAUAACUCUGGGUUUUUCUCAAAGCUCCGAUCUUUAAUUAAAAGAUUGGAUUUUUCAGUCUGGGAUCUCAAGAUUGCACCCUCCCCCGUCAACUUCGGACCUAUUCACUUCUGGGUUUCCUCCUCUUUAUCUGUGCAAUGAAUGAUUGGUGAGGGCAACACCAGUUUGUGACUGAGACCAGACACUUUAUGAGAUUGUGUUUGGUUUGAAGUUUGGACUUUGGAGUUCUGAUGGACUUUAGGGAGAGAGAAUGUGCGGUUGAUGUUGAGACCGGUGUGGGUGAGACUAUGAGUGAAAGAGUGGACGCAAAAACGAGGAACUCUAUUGCGAGCUGUGUGUGUGGCUGGAAAUUGGAUGGUUCAAAUAAAGGGCAAAAUGGGGUUUUGCCGGUGAAGAUUGAGAAAACCGAGAAAGAGAAGCAACGAAAGUCGGUGCGUGCUAAGAGGCCUCCCAAGCCCCCAAGACCUCCAAGAGGAAUGCCAUUAGAUGAUGCCGACCAGAAGCUGAUCAAAGAAAUACACGAACUUGCCAUGAUAAAACGUGCGAGGAUUGACAGGAUGAAGGCUUUGAAGAAACUGAAAGCGUCGAAGGAAUCAUCCAUGUCUUCAACAUUUAGUGGCAGUUUCUUUGCUAUGUUUUUUACAGUUCUAUUCUUUAUGGUGCUAAUCUUCCAAGGGAUGUCAUCGGGAAAUCGUUCUCCAAGGUUUCAUGGAACCCAAAAAUUGUCUAGUUCAUCAAUGGCAGCCCGUUCUAAAUCUACCAUCAUGAAGGAGAAGAGAUCUGUUCAGUUUCAAAGGAUAUGAUACUGCCCUCUGUACAGCGGAUUUUAGAAUGGAUUGCGAGCGGUUAGUUUGUUACUACAGAUUAGGUUCCGGUCAUUGUAUUUAUUAACAAUCUGUCAUAGGAUCAUUUCAUUCACAGUACUUUAAUCAUAUUGGUAAACAAUGUAGUAGUGUAUAGAAAACAUAACAAAAGUUGUUUAUUAUAAAUACGGCUAAAACAACCUAAAAGUCGAAUAUUACACCAACAAGACAUACAAUUUGUUGGUUAGCUGUGCUCCUAGGUGUAAUAUUCUUUUGAAAUAUUCGACUUUUGGACCGUUUUAACACUAUUUAUAACAAAAGACUUUUGUUGCUUUGAAUGGACUACUACAUUGUUUAUCGAGUGACAACCUGACCUAGUAUACGCAUGGAAUGUGCGGGUUAGCGUGUUUACCCAAGGUUGGAUUAGUGGCGGGUUGUAUUUGCUUCUCGAAAGGGUUAUAGACGCUUUCGAACAGGUAAAAACACCGCUUCUAUGUUCUAGGCAUUUCAUUCCAUUAUUUUUUUUCAAAUUUUUUUUCUUAUGUGAUAUACUUUAUUCUCACUUUAGGAUCUGCUGCUCUAUUUGAAGUAUAACAAUUGCUCCAAUUAAAAUGUGAUAAUGAUC